AGGAAGGGGCAACGCAUUCGCGUUUAAUUAAGAUAAUUUUGAUUCGUUUGGACUUCCACGUUCUCGUAAAGCCUUUUCGCUUACCUGACGUUUCGGUUACUUGCUAUGAUAAGUAGUAGUACGUCAGCCUCCUCACUCGGUAGCACCAGCUAGAGUCGACCUCAGAUCAUGGCUUCGUCCACCUCUCUGCUCCCCACUCUCCUGGUGCUGCUCGCCGUCGCCGCCACCGCGUCGGCGGCUGCGUCGACGUUCGUCCGGGCGGCCGACCUCGCCGAGCGGCUGGACGGAGUGGGGCAGCAGCAGUGCUGGGGGACGCUGCUGGACGUCAAGUCGUGCACGGGGGAGAUCAUCCUCUUCUUCCUCAACGGCGAGGCGUACCUGGGGCCCGGGUGCUGCCGCGCUAUCCGCAUCAUCGAGCGGCGCUGCUGGGCCGCCGACCUCAUGCUGUCCGUCAUCGGCUUCACCCCGGAGGAGGGGGACAUGCUCAAGGCCUACUGCGACGCAGGCGACGACGACAACGACGGCGGCGAGGGGCGUCAUCAUGGCGUCGGCGGGUUAUCCCCGGCUCCGCCGCCUCACCGUGCUCUUGACGGCGUCGCGAGUGGCGGCACAGCCGUGCCCGUGGCGGGAAUGGUUAACUAAGCCGAGUCAGUGUGUGUCCGCGUCCGCGUAGGUUCUCCUCGCGAGUCCUGAUGAAGUGAUGAGAUGUUUGCGAAGCUGAAAAGUGAAUGAUUUAUCUAAGUUUUGUUUGUGGAAGCAUGUUAGUCAUCCUCAAACCAUAUUAGU